AUGGAGUGGCAGUAUUCAGGCUCAAUAACAAAAUCCGGGGCAGAACUACAGCGCCUGGUCGACGACGUCAUUCUCGACGACAGGUUCAACAAGGAGGAUCUCUUGGGGUUUAAUGUUGAUCGUGAGCAGCGGCGACUUGACGAUUUCCAGGCGACCAGUGGUGCCUUUUCAGCCAAAGAUGGCUGGCGCGAAGAGUCUGUAUUGCUUCACCUGCCGAAGCCCGGCCUUCAACAGGAGGAUGAAGAACAUACCCCUGCCUUCCUUGUGGACAAAAUCUGGGUCCGAAGCUUUCUCGAGGUCGUCAAGGCGGGGUUCCGCGACAUCUCGGCUCGCCAGUACCAUUGGUUCCCGCACAGACUCUUUCGCACUCGUGCUACUCCCGAUAACCCCACCGCUAAACCCGAACGUCUGUUCACAGACGUCUACAAUUCUGAUGCCAUGAUCCGCGAGCACGAGGAGAUCCAGAAGCGCCCCCGUAACCCCGAUGACCCCCCCGAUGUCGAGUACGUGGUCAGCGGGAUCAUGGUAUACUCCGACUCUACCCAUCUCACCAAUUUUGGAACGGCAUCGUUGUGGCCCAUCUACGCGUUUUUCGCGAACCUCUCAAAACAUCUUCGGUUCAAGCCUUCAAUGUUUGCCGCGCAUCAUCUCGCAUACGUGCCCUCGUUGCCUGCCAGUUUACUCAGAUUUUACGAAGACACGUAUGGCGCACCGGCGUCCGCUGCUGUCAUCCGCCUACUCAAGUACGACCUGAUGACCAAGGUCUGGCUCCUCCUCCUCAAUGCAGAAUUCAUGCAUGCCUUCGAACACGGUGUCAUCGUUGUCUGUGGGGAUGGCGUCACGCGGCGAAUAUUCCCGCGUAUAUUCAUGUACCUUGCUGAUUAUCCCGAGAAGUGCCUACUCGCCUGUCUCAAAACCCUCGCCCGAUGUGCCUGCCCCGAUUGUUCAAUGGACAAGUGCUCGUUCUGGAAGAUGGGGAUGAAGAAGGACAAGGCAGACCGGGUCAAACACGCCCGUGAAGAUACCGGAGUCCUCCAGGACUUGAUCGCCCGGGUCCGCCGAUGGAUUUACGAAGACGGGACUACCCCCGAUAGCGACCACAUCAAGAAAACGAAACUCGGUUUUUUUUCCAUGGCACCUGUGCGAUCAGCUUUUUCGCAGCGUUUCGCAGCGUUUGGACGCAACGUCUACCAGUUAUUUGUGCCCGACCUGAUGCACGAAUUCGAGCUUGGCGUGUGGAAGGGAACAUUCACGCAUCUCGUCCGGAUACUCAUUGCCGCAGGUCAUGAUGGUGUUCAAAAAUUGGACGAACGGUGA